UUUAUUUUGUUUAAUUUAUGAUACAUACUUUAUUUCCCAUUCUUCGUGUGAGAAAGAAUUUAAUUCAUUAUGGGACACAAGUAAAUUAUUUUCAUGUAAAAUCUCAAGAAGCAAAGAUCUUAGACAUACUUCACACAACAUACAUCGUUGUAUAUUCAGUUUUUAUUUAUGUUUUAUUACAUAUAUAAUGUCAACGCAAUUCUUGUCAUCGAAAAAUAGUGUUUUUCAUUUAUCAGAUAAAUGGGCACAAAGCAGAGUGUCUAUGAAAAAUCUGGUACUUUGGAUUAUUACAAAUUCAGCGCGGAAGAAUAUGCACUGGUUAAGAAAGUAUGGUCAGGCAUCGAAAUUAACCCGCAAUUUCAUGGUAAUGCCUGUCUCAGAAGCUUUUGCGAGAUUUAUCCGCAAUACGUGAAAUUUUUCACUCAGGAGUCAAAAUUGCAUUUGAGCUUUGAUACACGUAUCACGGUUAAGUUUUCAAUAAUUAUGGAAACUAUGGGGUAUCUUCUAUUGGAUUUUAAUAAGAGGCCGAAACAGUUGGAUCGAUUAGUCGGUUAUAUAGCUAUGGUGCAUAAGGACAUGCAAUUAGAUGAGCAGGAUAUGCGUAACUUUGCGACGUCCUUGUUUCAAUACUUGUCGCGAACAUAUCCCACGCAAAUGACUGCGCAAUGUCAGGAAGCGAUGUCCAAGUUCAUGGAUAGCGUCAUAAAGGAGCUCUUCGUAAAAAUGGAACUUUUCCGCGAUUACGACGUCGCACAAUCGGGAGAAGCAACGCGAUCGAAAUUAGUAAAGGACAUGUAUUGUAUAAUUUGGCCCCGAAACAAUGGCGUUAAAUAA